AUGGAAACGACAGGCUUUGAUAAUAAUAAAGGAUAUACUUCUUUAAUAGCAAUUUCAAUUGAAAAUUAUACUUUUAGUGAAUCUAACCACUUGAAAAACGGGUCUUUUCGUUUUCGGUGUACUAACAAAAAAUGUGCUGAGAGUGUUUUAGUGAAUUCUACCAUCGAUAAAAUACUAGCUUUUUCAAAUAAUAAUACACAUAAUCACGAAUCAACUACUGAUCAUAAUUUAGCCGUUCAGUGUGUUAGAACUGCCGUCAAAAGGAAAGCCGAAGAAGACUUACAUGCAAGACCAAAUAAAAUAAUACGUAAAGAAAUUCAAGACACUAAUCUCGUUUUUAAGGAGGAUUAUAGGAUUCGUAGAAAACAUUUUCCCAAAAUUCCCAGAAAUAUUAAUGAAGCGUUCGACCAACUAUUUGAAACUCAAAUCGAUAUUAAAACUAAUAAUGAACAAUUUUGUUUCGUCAAUCGAGAAAAACAAAUUGUUUUGUUUACGUGUACUGAAAACUUAAAACAUCUUUGUGAAUCUGAAAACGUUUUUGGCGAUGGAACAUUUAAUUACGCUCCUAAUUAUUUUUAUCAAUUAUAUACAAUACACAUUUUCAAAAAUAAUUAUUACAUACCAGUAGUAUAUGCAUUUUUGACAUCAAAAUCUGAAAAUCAAUAUAUUUCUAUGUGGUUAGAAAUAAAAAAUUUGUGUCUUGCUUUAACAGGUAAAAUUAUUAAUGUACGAAAAUUUCAUUCAGAUUUUGAAAAAGCAGCUCAUAACGCAGUUAUUAAUUUAUUUCCGGGUUGUCAAUUGAUGUGUUGUCAGUUUCAUUUAGCGCAAUGUUGGUUUAGACAAAUUCAAAAAAAUAAAAUAUUGUUAAGAGAAUAUGGUACCAAUUCCGAACUUGGUUUUUGGCUUAAACAUUUUUUUGGAUUACCAUAUUUACCAUCCAAUGAAGUAGGCGAUGGUUUUAUGGAACUCAUGUCAAUUGCUCCAAAAACUCAAAACAUCAUCGAAUUUACAGAUUAUAUACUUGAUACAUAUAUUUCAGAGGAGGCUAUUUUUCCUCCUUAUUUAUGGGCAAGAAAACCGGGAAAUGAUCCAAACACAACAAAUGGAGCCGAAUCAUUCCAUGCACAUUAUAAUUCCCAAUUUUAUUCAUCGCAUCCAAAUGUAUUUCAAGUAAUUAAUGUGUUACAACAAAUUCAAGUAGAAACUAACACAAAAUGCAAAGCUUUAAAUAAAAAUAUUUACAAUAUUCGACGAAAAGUCAUAUUAGAAAAAGAAGAAUAUUUAAAAACAUGCUGGGAUAAGUAUAUAUCAGGUGAAAUUAAGAUCUUAGAGUAUAUUCAACGUAUGGGAGUAAAAUUCCCAGGAAAAAAAAUUUAA